AUGGCGACAGCUUUGCUUCUGGCGCUUGCUGCCCCGGCACUUGCUGCCCCAGCCGCAUCUUUCAGCAAGCUGAAUCCCGGAUUGAAGGCAGAAGUCGACCUGCAGGCCAACAGCUCCUGGCACCUGGGCGGCUUCUGCUUCGGGGAUGGCCAGGACGGCAACGAGGCGGGCCGGCUCGCAGUCCACGUUCGUUGGCAAGGCCGCCAGGCGCUGGGGGAGAUGGGCCCGGUGUAUUUGGCCGGCUUCGAGGGGCACAAGGCCUGGCAGGCCGCGCAGGAGAGAUGGGCCUCAAGCUCGUGCCAAGAGAAGAUGGCGCUGGCUUCCGACACCCGACGUCUCGGCGAAUACAGCAGGCAGAUCUCGUACUUCUGGUUCCCGGUUCGCAUCGUGCAUGGCGAGCAGAGGGACUGGCACUUUGCUCUGCUGGCCUGCGGGGACGUUGAGAAGGCGCACUUGGAGCUCACCGUGGAGGCGACGCGGGGAGCGCUCUCCGUCUUCGAGGCCAACACCAACUUCGACUCCAGCAGCUGUCCCGUGGCCCCGAGCUGGUUGCAGCAAGCCAGCUCUGAGACCGUCUUCUGGGGCAUGAUGGCGGGUGUGUUGCUGUGCGGCUCCUGCUGCGUUGUGCUGGUGGUGCUGGGCGGAGCUUGGAGCAACCGCCAAAAGCCUUUGAUGAAGUGGCAGCAAGACUCGGAGCUCGUGAUUGGCAAGCCCUGCACCGGCACGCCGCACAAUGCGGACGUGGCGGAGGGCAAAGCCAAGAGCGCGAAGGCCAAGGCACAGCCAGAGGAAGCAGAAGAUAUGCCAGUUUGA